AUGUCCAACUCUUGCGCUCGUCUCAGUAGCUUAUUUUCCAGAAAUGCAACCAACACCAUUAAAUCAAAACUACCCCAAAUCCAAACCCCUAAAUCCAUAAAAGAGAAACCAUUGAUAACCCUAGUCAAGAAUCGAGCAGUUAGCAAUGGUGUUAGUGUUAAAGACCUCAUGGAUGAGAGAGACUCCCAAAAACUCGUUGAAAAGUUCAACUCACUUUCUCAGCAAAAGGAUUUCAGGAGCAAGUAUAAAAUCUACGAUUACACAAUUCGUCGUCUUGCUCUCGCAAAUCAGUCUACGUUAAUUAAAGAGGUGCUAGAAUCCCAGAAGAAAUACAUUAACGGGGAAGGAUUUGCUUCACGGAUUAUAUUUCUGUAUGGGAAAGCAGGUUUGUUUGAUCAUGCACAGAAGCUGUUCGACGAAUUGCCUGAACGAGGUUGUGAACAAGGGGCCAGAUCUUUUAACGCCCUUUUAGGGGCUGCUUCUUAUUUGGAGGAUUUUGAUAAAGUUCACAAACUUUUUCGUGAGUUGCCAUUGAAGUUAUCGAUUAAGCCAAUUACUGGGUCUUAUAACAUAGCUGCUAAUGCGCUCUGUAAACUCGGGUUGAUUGAUAAGGCUGCAGCAUUGCUUGAUGAGAUGGAGGACAAUGGAGUGAAACCCUGUGUCAUUUCAUUCAACACCCUGCUUCGUGCUUUUUAUGACAAGGGGGAGUUUGAUGAAGGAGACAAGAUAUGGGAAAGGAUGAUAAAAAGUGGUGUAGCUCCUAGUAUACUUAGUUACGAUUUCAAGCUGCAAAGACUUGUUAAUGAUGGGAAGAUUUCCAAAGCAAUGGACAUGGUUAUGGAACUGAAAAGUAAAGGACUGAAUCCUCAUGUGGGAACUUACAAUGCUUUUAUUGUAGGAGCGUGUAAGAAGGGCGAUUUGGAUGGUGUAAGGCGGUGGUAUAACGAGCUGUUGAGCCAUGGUUGUGCACCGAACAAGGUGACUUUCAAUAGCAUUGUUCCGUUUCUGUGUGAUAAGGGUGAUUAUGGAUUGGUUUAUCAGGUUUGUAGGAGGAUGUUUAAGAGGCAGUGCUCGGUUGAUCAGUGUUUGUUGCAGAAGGUAGUUGAUGCAUUGGCAAAGAAGUCGAUGAUGGAGGAAGCGAAAAUUCUUGUGGCACUAGGAAAGGCUAAUAGCUAUUUUCCUUAUGAUCUUGAACUGCCUACAGGUUUUACGCGAUAUUUGACUUAUUUACGUUGA